UAUCCGUUACGAUUCUGCGACACAAGUUCCGGUGUAGUCGUGUAUGUUGGUUUCUCCACAGUAACGCGUGUAUUUGAUUUUUACUAUUGUAAAUCAUUAUUAAUAUCCUGAUCCACAGCUGCUUAAGAAUAAUUCAGUACAUUUUGUUGAAAGGGGAGACAUCAACAAGCCGUCAAGAUGCCACGAAUUAUGAUAAAAGGAGGCGUCUGGCGCAACACAGAGGAUGAGAUCCUGAAGGCAGCUGUGAUGAAAUAUGGGAAAAACCAGUGGUCUCGUAUCGCCUCCCUGCUGCAUCGCAAGUCUGCCAAACAGUGUAAAGCCAGAUGGUAUGAAUGGUUGGACCCCAGUAUCAAGAAAACAGAAUGGUCCAGGGAAGAAGAGGAGAAGCUGCUGCACUUGGCCAAGCUGAUGCCUACUCAGUGGAGGACCAUUGCUCCCAUCAUCGGACGCACUGCUGCUCAGUGUUUGGAGCACUAUGAAUACCUGCUAGACAAAGCAGCACAGAGGGACAAUGAGGAAGAGGUAGGAGAUGACCCCAGGAAGUUAAAACCAGGAGAAAUAGACCCUAAUCCUGAGACUAAACCUGCCAGACCUGAUCCCGUGGACAUGGACGAAGAUGAGUUGGAGAUGUUGUCAGAAGCCAGAGCUCGACUGGCCAACACCCAGGGCAAGAAAGCCAAGAGGAAGGCCAGAGAGAAACAGCUGGAAGAAGCCAGACGUCUGGCUGCUCUGCAGAAACGCAGGGAGCUGAGAGCAGCAGGAAUCGAUGUUCAGAAGAAGAGAAAGAAGAAGAGAGGUGUGGACUACAACGCUGAAAUCCCCUUCGAGAAAAAACCUGCACCGGGUUUCUAUGACACCAGUAUGGAGCAGUAUGAUGCACUGGAGCCAAACUUCAAACGGCUCAGACAGCAACACUUAGAUGGAGAACUACGCAAUGAGCGUGAGGAGAGAGACAGAAAGAAAGAUAAACAGAAGAUAAAGAAGAAGAAAGAGAGUGAUCUGCCAUCUGCCAUCCUGCAGACCAGUGGAGUGGCUGAGUUCACCAAGAAACGCUCCAAACUGGUGUUACCUGCACCACAGAUCAGUGAUGCUGAGUUAGAGGAGGUCGUCAAGUUGGGUGUUGCCAGUGAGGUCGCCCGUCAAACUGCUGAGGAGAGUGAAAGUGGUAACUCCGCCUCCUCCACCCUCCUGUCAGAGUACAGCAUCACCAACAACAUGACAACAGGACUACGGACCCCACGCACCCCUGCUGCACAGGACAGGAUACUGCAGGAAGCCCAGAACCUGAUGGCGCUGACCAACAUCGACACCCCUCUAAAGGGAGGACUCAACACGCCGCUGCACGAGAGCGACUUCAGUGGAGUGACGCCUCAGCGGCAGCUGGUUCAGACACCCAACACUGUUCUCAGCACACCGUUCAGAACUCCUGGGCCAGGACAGGCCUCAGAUGGCAUGACUCCUCAAGCUGGAGUUGGGAUGACCCCACGUGGAGCGCCUACACCAGGUUUGACCCCUGGCCGCACGCCACUGAGGGACAAACUGAACAUCAACACUGAGGAGCAACUGGCUGAUCCUGCAUAUUCCAAACACCUGCAAAAGGAAAGUCUGCAGCACCUGAGGCAAGGUCUGAUGUCACUUCCUGUCCCUAAGAACGACUUUGAGAUUGUUCUUCCUGAAAACGCUGAGAAAGAACUUGAAGAAACAGAGACAGAGGCGGGAUUUAUUGAGGAUUCGGCUGAUAUAGAGGCCCGAAAACAGGCUCAGCGAGAUGCAGAAAGGGAGAAGGAGCUGAAACUGCGGCACACUCCUGUUCAGAGGAGCCUCCCCAGACCUUCUGAGGUGAACGAGUCCGUUCUCCGUCCCACCUCCAUGGAGCCGCUGUCUGACCUGCAGAUGGCCGAGGAGCUCAUCAAACAGGAGAUGAUCACCAUGCUGCAUUUUGAUUGCCUGCACCACCCAUCAGCCAAUGCGGCAAGUCAGCUGCAGCGCGGAAAAACCAGGGGUCCCACCUCGACGUCUAACAAUGCCUCACAUAUAGCUUAUCUGGAUACACACUCCUACAAGCCAGUCAGCACAGAGGACAUGGAGCAGGCGAAGGCGAUACUGGCAGCAGAAAUGGAGGUGGUCAAAGCAGGAAUGGGUCACGGUGAUCUCAGUAUGGAGGCCUACAGCCAGGUGUGGGAGGAAUGCUAUGGACAGGUGUUGUAUCUACCUGGUCAAAACAGAUACACCAGAGCUAACCUGGCAUCAAAGAAAGAUCGUAUUGAAAGUUUUGAAAAGAAAUUAGAGGUGAACCGUGGUCACAUGACAGCGGAGGCUCGAAGAGCAGCUAAACUGGAGAAGAAACUGAAAAUCCUGCUGGGAGGCUUUCAGUCCAGAGCGCUGGGACUCCUGAAGCAGCACAAUGAACUCUGGGAACAGGUGGAGCAGGCAGCCACAGAGCUGCAGACCUUCACCCAGCUGAGGAAACAGGAGGAUACAGCCAUUCCCAGGAGACAAGCAGCUCUGCAGGAGGACGUGGAAAGACAGAUGGAGAGAGAGAGGGAGCUUCAGCAGAGAUACGGAGAGCUGCUGAUGGAAAGGGAGUCGCUGCUCAACAGCGCUCAGAAAUACUGAGCAACACACUUUACCAUCAGAAAGACGUUAAUAUCAAGCUAACAGAAGCUCUGAAUUAGUUUUCUUUUGUCCACCUCUGAGUCGUCAUGUUUUCUGAUUAUUGCUGCAAAUCCCAGAGAAAAGCCCCCCCCCCCGUCUCCUGUGCUGAUGUCACAAGCUGUUUGAGCAUGCUCAGUCAUUGUUUCUGUAUUAGUGACCAAUAAAGUUGUUUUUUUUCCCCCAAGAAUAACAUGAUGGAUUUUAACUAAACUAAUUCAGAAUAUCAGCUUCAUUCAGUGUUGG